AUAGCCUACGACGCCUUUAAAGUGUUUGAGACAGAGCUGUGGCAGUUUUCAGAUGAUGCUGAUGCUGCAGAUUGGCGCGGGAUGGGAGGGGCGAUGCCGUGACGUCACGCGGGGGAGCCGAAGGACGGGAGGAGGAGAGGGAUGCGAGAACAGGGGAAGACCGGAGGAGCACGAUAAAAACUGAGCAAUGACUGCGCCAGAAAGCACUAAAAAAACACAAAACGUUAGACAGCAGCGUCAACAUGAUGCGUCCUUCCGUCUGCUGUUUGCAAGCCAGUAAUGCAUGAAGAGCAUCCCGGAUAAAGUGUGAGCAGAAUGUCAUCUCCUGGAAUGGGCACCCCGAGCGACCCCCUGCUGUCCAGUCCUGUAGAGGGGAAGUUCAGGACUUCUCAAGAAGGCACCUGGAGACCCACUCUGUCCAAAACGUCCAGUUUCCCAUCGUCCACCACGCGGCACCUCAGUCACAGAGCCAACAACUUCCAGAGGCACCCGAAGCGACGGAAACUGAUCAGGCCGUCUCCGCCGCCGCCACCGAACACGCCGUGCCCCCUGGAGCAGCUCGACCUGAGCGAACUUCCUCAGAGACGCACUUUCCCCGAGCUUGUCUUCAAUGGCUGCAUUUUGUUUGGGAUCGAGUUCAGCUAUGCGAUGGAAACGGCGUACGUAACUCCUGUGUUACUUCAGAUGGGGUUGCCCGACCAGUUCUACAGUCUUGUGUGGUUCAUCAGUCCAAUUUUAGGAUUCCUACUGCAACCAAUUCUUGGGGCAUGGAGUGACCGAUGUACGUCUCGCUUUGGCCGCAGGAGACCUUUUAUUUUUGCCUUGGCAAUAGGGGCUCUGCUGGGUCUAACACUGGUGCUGAAUGGACGGGACAUUGGAUCGGCUGUGGCCGACACCACCCUGGAUCACAAGUGGGGCAUCGUGCUGACGGUGUGCGGCGUGGUUCUGAUGGACUUCAGUGCCGACUCAGCAGACAACCCCAGUCAUGCGUACAUGAUGGAUGUGUGUAGCCCAGAGGACCAGGACCGAGGCCUAAACAUUCACGCGCUUCUGGCAGGUCUCGGCGGCGGUUUCGGCUACAUUGUGGGUGGCAUUAACUGGGACAAAACGGAGUUCGGAAGGUCGAUGGGUGGCCAGCUCCGGGUCAUAUACCUGUUCACCAGCAUCACCCUCGCUGCCACCACGGCCAUGACCCUCACCAGCAUCCCAGAGCGACCUCUACCCCAGCCUCAAACCAAAAGCAACCUCAAGAGCCCCAGUCUGCCCCUGCCGCCCUCCCCACCUCCUCCCACUGGAGCCGCUGCGGACCAGGAUGAGGAAGACGAGGACGAAGCCCUUUAUAACAGCCAGUUCGCCAACUAUCGCUACCAGGAUCCACUGGGCCACUCAAAUAGCGCCAACGCACGUCUCUACGCAGGCCUCACCAGCCCCAUUUCCCCUCUGAGUCCUCUGACGCCCAAAUACGGCAGCUUCAUCAGUCGGGAUAGCUCGCUCACGGGCAUUAAUGAGUUUGCUUCCUCCUUAAGCACCUCCUACAUAGACAGAGUAAUGAUUGAAUGCUACACCGGACAGCAGACUCCAUUAGAACCCGAGGUGGUGGCUCCGCCUCUUCCUCCUGGGGACACGCCCCCUCCUCCUCAAAGUCAAACGGCUGCCGCAGAUGAAGUUACACAGCAAAACAAACUCUUGCAGUCUAAUGGAGAGCUGUUGGCAAGUGAAGCGCUACAGGAUAAUGUGCAGAAGCAAGCCAUUGAACCGGCUGAGCAGCCUAAUGAGAGCCAACAGGCUGCGUCAGGGUCACAGCGAGGCAGUAGCUCAGGGAUACUGAAGCGCCCCCAGAGUCUGGCCUUAAUGGAGGAGCCGCUGAUUGAUCCGAGCGGGGGUCUGGACAACGGUCGUAGACGCACUGUCACCUUCAGUCAACAGGUGGCAAAUAUAUUGCUGAAUGGCAUGCGUUAUGACAGUGACCUCAGUGGCAGCCAUGAAGCAGCAGACUCUCAAAUGUCAAUGAAGCUGCUCUGUACCGCCAUCUAUAGGAUGCCUCCAUGUUUACGAAGCCUCUGCACCAACCAUUUCCUGGGUUGGUUAUCGUUCGAGGGGAUGCUGCUCUUCUACACAGACUUUAUGGGGGAGGUUGUGUUUGGUGGCGACCCAAAGGCCCACUACGAUUCAGAGGAGUACAAGCGCUACAAUUCAGGCGUCACCAUGGGCUGCUGGGGGAUGUGCAUCUAUGCAUUCAGUGCUGCUUUUUAUUCAGCCAUUCUUGAGAAGCUAGAGGAGCGGUUCUCACUGCGUUCUUUGUAUUUUUUCGCCUAUCUGGCCUUUGGUUUGGGCACAGGGCUGGCCACUCUCUCCACCAACCUGUACGUGCUGCUGUCUCUCUGCGUCACCUACGGCGUUCUCUUCUCUUCUCUCUGUACGCUGCCUUACUCUCUGCUCUGUGAAUACUACCAGAGCCCGCAGUUCUGUGGCUCAUCAGAGGACGGGACCAGGCGUGGUAUGGGGGUGGACAUCUCCCUGCUCAGCUGCCAGUACUUCCUGGCACAGAUCCUGGUUUCGGUGGCGAUGGGCCCUCUGACAUCGCUGGUGGGGGGGGCCCAGGGCGUCAUGUACUUUGCGAGUCUGAUGUCAUUUGUGGGGUGCCUGUACUCCUCACUGUGUGUGGUGUACCACCUGCCAGCACCCGAGGGUGAGCCUCCCCAGAGUGAGACGCAGCCGCUGCUGGUGCACAUUUAGACGUGAUCUCUCACACACCGGGUCCAAAAUUAACACUCCAGAAGCAGCAGACAGGUCACUUUGUGCAACAUGAAUUAAAUCAUAAUGCAAAACAAAUCAUUAAGCUCUUUGAUAUCAAAGAAAAUAAAUCCAAAACAGUCCAAUGAAUAAAAGAUCAAUCUUCUUCCACUCUUUUUCUCUAGUGGAAAACUUAAUCAAUGUUUAUAAGAAACCUUUUGUUCUUUUACUGACAGAACUUCAGUGCACUAUGUCUGGACAAAUCUGGUCCCCAAAUUGUUUUGAGCAGAAUCAUGUUUUUGUAACAGAUUUAGAAUUUUUUUUUUUUACAAAAAUGCGAAAACAUAAACAGUUAAAUAAUUC